UCGUUCCUUGGUUUGCUGGUUUCUGCUUCCACGUUCAUCACCGUCAGUUAUAGCUCAAUUCUUGGAUUAAAUUUCUUGAAAAUUCAAUUUCUGAAUUUACUAAUUCACAUGGAUCAUAUAAAAGAGUAUAAAAUUUUUUGGAUCAUCACAUGGCAGCAAAAGGAUCGACAUUUCUCAGCCAAACCCUUCAUCUCUUUGGAGCUCCCCAAAUUGGGCACGUCCUCAUCAUAUCUUUUCACAAUUUAGACCUUACAUUGAGCUACUCCUUUGAGAGUUAUAAACAUUCUUUUCUUGUUGUUACAAGAAAUGACAAAAAGCACCCAAAUCAAUUGCAAGAACGCCCAAUCAUCGGCGUCCGGUCGACUUAUAAGCAAAGAAGACGGAGUGGGGUGAAGAACCAAAUGAGCGGAGAAGUGGACUCCUCACGAGCGGACGACUCCAACAAUGUUAUUGUCUUUUGACCGUCAGUGUCUUCCAAUUUUCAAACAUCAUCCCAAUUAUCUAUUAUGCCUACAAAAUUUAAUGGAUUAGCAAUUUUUAACAUUGCACAUGUGAUGUUGGAAAAGAUUGAUUAUAAAGCAAUUAUUGAUGAUUUUACUUCACAAUGUUUUUUUGUGAUACUUGUGUU